AUGGAUCUCAGUUGGUGCCUCGUAUGCGAAAGAGGGCUAGAACGCGAAGGAUCGAUCUAUUGCUCGGAUGUGUGCAAAGUCCAGGCGCAGCGCGAGUCACUCAAGAGCAAGUUUGAUCGCGACGAGGAGGAGGCGAACCAAAAUCGCUCGAGAUCCUACCAGUCCCCUCGCUUGAAGCCACAAACUCUCGAACGCCAAUCUCCGAGUCGUCUUGGACACUCUGAGCCAGAGGAGCAGCGCAAGAAUGGCCACCUGAACUCAGUCCCGAGCGUCAAGCGGAUCGCGCAGUGGUUCUCGAGCAGUAAGCCAGGCAGUCCGGCGCCAAGCGAUGCGGCGCCUGCCACAAUGGGAUUGACGAAGCAAACGAGCGUCAAGAGACCAGCCAAACAUGCUCCGCAACCGGUCACGAGCUCGAGCGGCGCGCCUCGGCCAUCCGUUCACGAUCAUCGAUUUGGAGCGUCGCCCGGCUAUGGAUCUCGUCGCGCUGAACGAGGCAGCGAGACGUCAUCGAUCAGCACGACGGGCCUCGAUAGCCAAUCAGGAGAUACAGACGGCAUCGCCUCCAUCUUGACCCAAGAGACGGGCGAGAGCAUACUGUUCCCGUCCGGACUGACUUGCUCCGAAGAGCAGAACGAAGAUCAGCCAGUUCAUAUGAGCUCACAGCAUCCUGUCUUGGAGGACAGCCCGGAGCGCUCAUCGCAUCGACCGACGGCAUUGCAUCUGUACGCUGUCUCGCCUUCGCAUACAAAAGCAGCAUCACCCUCAUUCGUAUCUGCCAACGCCGGUUCGCCGUCUUCGCCGGCCAAACACAAUUAUUCGAGCAUGUACCCCAUGUACCAUAAUCGCAGCGGACACCGACAUCAUGACCUUCGCUCUUCAAACCCACACGCGCAUACUCAAGAUACCCCACCCCACAAUAGCGGUCCUAGCCAAGCGAGACCCUUCACUGCAGCUUCUGAUGCCCGCUCGGUCAUCUCGGGGGCAGUCGCAUCUGCGAGCUCUUCUGUCAAGACGACCACACCGCUGGACAGAGGCUCAGGUUCAGCAUCUGCCUCGACAAACGGCUCGAUCAGACACACGCGCGAUCUCUUGCCGCAUACAGCAUCAUUACGCGCUCGCUCUUCUCAAUCUGACGGCUCAACGCAGAGUCGCAAACAUCUCCAGCGAGGCGACUUCAAGGACGACGUGCCUGCGUCCCGUCGGAUACCGCAAAUGAGAGCGGCCUCGCCCUUGACGGACUCUGACCUGAGUUCGGAGGAGGAAGGAUCUCAAUCAGAUGACAGCUUAGCUUCAGGGUCUGUCGAUUCCGACGCAUCCGAGCAAUCAUUGCGGAUACACGCAAGACGGGGCCGAUUCGCUAGACCCGAAUCCCGGCAAAGUCGUAGCCGAAGUCGAUCCCGGCGGCCAGUGGCAAUGUCAAAGCUGACCAGAACACAGUCUACGUAUAUGGACCGUACCGAAUCGAGCCGAUCAGGUCGAAGCGACCGGUCUUCUUCCUCUGUCAUCAUCGGACCUCAUGAGAGUCAUCGACAAAGAGCCCCUUCACGUCCCUCGCUCGGCAAGGUGGUCGCCAAUUCACGCGUAGCGCCUCAUAUUCCAUCCCCCGUUGUUCAGCCCAUCAGAUCGCAUGUGCACCGUCCUUCGCUCCAGGAGAACAACUUGAGCCAGGUCGAGCACGUCGAGGAAGCUCAGCCGUCCUCUCCAGAGUCCUUCACCUAUGCCGAGCGCUCGCUAGGUCGCUCGGCGAGCAGGACGAAUCGAUCCGGCCAAUGCACACCGCUCGGACUGCUCGGCGCCAACUCAAAUUCAUUCACUUCGCUCGCUGCUCAGUCGGUACAGGGCAGAUCGGUGUGGACAUCGCAUGAACUCAGUCUGGACGACGAGCUGCGUACGAGUCCUGCGGGCAAGGAUACCGAACGCGCGAUCAGGCGGGCAGCUCUGGCAGGACCGGAAGAUGACUCUGAUGAUGAGCUCGAUCGGAGAGGGCGUUCACAUACGACGCUAGCGCGUCUGCAAGCUCGCAUCACCGCUUAG